CCCCCAGCACCACCUGAUGUCGCAUGCAGCCUGCCAGUGCUGCAGUGAGCACGCACACGCACACACGGAGCCCAGAGCCUCCGAAGCCUCCUCCUGGGACCCUCGCCCUGCCUCCCAUGGGCAGGGGUCCCCAGCUGCCUCCAGCCUCCACCGUGGGGGAGGCCGGGGGCCAGCGGACCAUGUAACCAGGGCUGCUGCUGGGAGCGCGGAGGGGAAGGGAGCCCCCAGCCCUGCUGGGCCGGCCCAGGCCCCUCCGCGGCUCCCCCUUCCACUGCCCACCUGCCCAGCACCCCACCCCCACAACAGUGGCUGUUAACCCCGGGAUUCCCCAAGCCCAGCCUCUGUGUGCGGCAGCCCCGAGCGGGGCUAAGACUCCAAGAUGCCCUUGGUGGAUUUCUUCUGUGAGACCUGUUCCAAGCCGUGGCUGGUGGGCUGGUGGGACCAGUUCAAGAGGAUGUUAAACCGGGAACUCACACACCUGUCAGAGAUGAGCAGGUCAGGAAACCAGGUCUCUGAGUACAUCUCCACUACAUUCCUGGACAAGCAGAAUGAAGUGGAGAUCCCAUCACCCACGGUAAAGGAUCGAGAAAAACUGGAAGCAGCACGGCAGAGACCCUCCCAGCUGCCCCAACCUCCUGGGCCACAAUUUCAGCCCAUGUCUCAGAUCACGGGGGUGAAGAAGCUAAUGCAUAGGAGCAGCCCUAACGAUUCCAGUAUCCCCCACUUCAAGGUGAAGACCGACCAAGAGGAGCUCCUGGCCCACGAACUGGAAAAUUUGAACAAGUGGGGCCUGAACAUCUUCUGCGUGUCGGAUUACGCUGGAGAUCGGUCCCUCAGCUGCAUCAUGUACACCAUCUUCCAGGAGCGGGACCUGCUGAAGAAGUUCCACAUUCCGGUGGACACAAUCAUGAGGUAUAUGCAGACCCUAGAGGACCACUACCACCCCGAUGUGGCCUACCACAACAGCCUGCACGCGGCUGACGUGCUCCAGUCCACCCACGUGCUGCUGGCCACACCUGCCCUGGACGCGGUGUUCACGGACCUGGAGAUUCUUGCUGCUCUCUUUGCGGCUGCCAUCCAUGACGUGGACCACCCCGGGGUCUCCAACCAAUUUCUCAUCAACACCAAUUCAGAGCUGGCACUCAUGUACAAUGACGAGUCGGUGCUGGAGAACCACCAUCUGGCUGUGGGCUUCAAGCUGCUGCAGGAGGACAACUGUGACAUCUUCCAGAACCUCAGCAAGCGCCAGUGGCAGAGCCUGCGCAAGAUGGUCAUCGACAUGGUGCUGGCCACGGACAUGUCCAAGCACAUGACCCUCCUGGCAGACCUGAAGACCAUGGUGGAGACCAAAAAAGUGACCAGCUCGGGGGUCCUCCUGCUGGACAACUACUCUGACCGCAUCCAGGUCCUGCGGAACAUGGUGCACUGUGCAGACCUCAGCAACCCCACCAAGCCUCUGGAGCUCUAUCGCCAGUGGACGGACCGCAUCAUGGCUGAGUUCUUCCAGCAGGGCGACAGGGAACGGGAGCGGGGCAUGGAGAUCAGCCCCAUGUGUGACAAGCACACGGCCUCAGUGGAGAAGUCUCAGGUGGGCUUCAUCGACUAUAUCGUGCACCCGCUGUGGGAGACGUGGGCUGACCUGGUCCACCCAGAUGCCCAGGAGAUCCUAGACACACUGAAGGAGAACCGGGACUGGUACUACAGUGCCAUUCGGCAGAGCCCUUCACCACCGCCUGAGGGAGAGCCUGGGGGCCCAGGCCACCCCCCACCACCGGAUAAGUUCCAGUUUAAGCUGACCCUGGAGGAAGAAGAGGAGGAGGAGGUGUCUACCACCCCAGGUGCAUCGGGAGCGCAGGAACUGUCCACAGCCCAGGAUGCAUCCACGGGGGUGGAGGUAGAGGAAAUGGGUUUGACGCAGCAAGCAGACGCGGCAGAUCGUACGACCAUGGGCCAGGACAAGGCCAUGUCCCCAGAUGCACCUGUUGGUGCCGCAGGCUACGGCAGCCCCCCGGCCCUGUCUCCUGAGAACCCCCCUCUGCCUGCCUUGAGGACCCCCCCUCUAGAGGAGACCCCAGGCCUCCUGGGCCUCCCCUCCAUGGCGGCCGAGGCGGGGGCCCAAAAAGAGCACCGGGCUGAAAGGGUGUGCUGUGCCUGCCCAGGGACAUGCGGCAAGGACCCACCCACGCUCCCAGCUCCUGGUGGAUGGGGGUCGGCUAGAGGCCCCACCUGGGCCCCAGCCCCUACUCCCUGCUGCCCUCCCUGCCUCCCUUGAUCACCCUCACCCC